AAUAUAUUAUACAACAAAAAAAACUGUAAAAUGAGGUUAUGGAUCCUUGGAUUAUUAUGGGUGUUGAUCGAAAAUGUGAUUUGUCUAGAACCUCUGCGGUUAGUGGAAAGAACACACCUACCGAGAAGAAGAAGUGUUCCCGCGAGAAAAUUAAAUUAUGGCUUUCAUCGAGAUUUACCGUCCGUAAUGGACAAUGUUAUACACUCUCCGUUGGAGAACAAAAGGAUUUACACUAAAGACAACUUCUACAUAAAUGCCAUCCGACCAAAGGAGAAGGAAGCUAUUCUUUACGAGUCGAUGCUCAUUGACGGAAAGGGCUCUAUAAACGAUAUUGAUGCAUUUUUUGUGACUGCUCCACCAGCCAGAACCACUUUGGCUCCGAAGCGUUUCGGGGAUAAUGAGCUCCCAGAUUUUGUGAAAGUCUCCGAAGGAAGUGUGAAAGAAGACGAGAAGCUUGUAUUGGAUAGGCCACAACGAGCUCCGACAGAUCUGAAACUUGUGAAGCUUCCACCUCAGCCAAUGAGUACGGUAGCUCCGUUUAAGCAUAAUAGUCCUGUCCGCCGCCAGCUUGUCGACCCCCUCCCACCUCUUCUCCAACCUUCCCCAGUCCGAUUCCCAGCUCAACCAUGGCAAAUCCCACCUCUCCACCCCCAUCAAUCAACUCCAAAUCCCCUUACCCAAUUCUUCCAACCAAUUCCCCAACAUCUAAUCCCUCCACCAAAUCCAUUCUUCCCUCAACAACACCAAACAUGGACUCCACCGACGCUUCUCCAGCCGAACCCGAUUCCGCCACCUCCACAGAGAAAUGAAUCAUCUUUCGAUCCAUACAUCCCGAUUGGUGUGCAACAACCUCCAUAUCAGUUCCAGCAGAAUUUCCAACCGGCUCAAUCUGCAGAUGCCCAUAGACAACCAAUGCAUCAUCAUGGCUUCGCCCGCACCUUUGGUCAACAGCCAAUUCCACUGCCAUCUCAGGCAGCCAUAGACACCGCUUUCAACCAAGCCAAGGAGCGUGAGUUCAGCGUUUUUCCGCCAAACCAGGUGCCGAAAAAGUCAACACCUCCAAUUGACUAUUCCGUGGAUAGUGUCGCCGUGGUGACCAAGGAUCAGAGACCACCACAGCAGUUUUUCAGAUCAAUCCCCGAAAAAACCUCCGAACAACUCCGAAACUUUGUAAAAGUCCAUCCCCAAGUGAUGAACAACCUCCAGAAGCCUCUGAUCUACCGUGGAAAAGAAAUGGUGAUUCCGAAAAUGUUCAACUUCACCACCAACCCCACACCUCCACCAAGAUUACCCCAGCCUCCGACGGCUCCGCCAACUGUUCCACCUCCACCAAAUCAGGCUCCAAUAGUUCCUCAUCAGCCUAUGUACGUCCCAUUAAUCAAUCCGAAUCAGAAGUUGGACUUGUGUUGUCGCAAGCAGAGGAUUUCACCGUUGUGCCAGAAUUUGUGCAACUUUGAUACAUUUAAUGAUAAAACUUUGGUAGCCGCUUUCCUAACCAACCAAUGCCCUGGACCUCAACUCGGUCAAGCUUACGACUGUGCCUCCUCAAAAGCCGACCACUCUGCAUGCUGUGAACGUGCUGGAAUUCUAUCGUUCCAAGGCGGAAAAUGUAUUCCAUUCUGUCGAACCCACGUGGCAACUCCUUCAAAUGUUUUCGAUUAUGUGAUAUGCCUACAAGUAUUUGAGACCAUUAAAGGGUGUUAUAGAGAUUAUCAAUUUACUCAUCCAAAUAUUUAUGGAGAUUAAUUAUUGAUUUUUCUUUUGGUUAUGUGAUAAUGUUGACUUUUGAAAAUAUACGGGUUGAAUAUGAAUCGAUAAUAUAAAUUAGUAUUACUGUUUGUUUUUGAAUAAAAUAUUAAUUUUGCU